GCCGCGCGCGCCAUGGGGAGCAGAGGGACGCCGGGCGCCGAGGUUUGCCGCGGCAGAAUCACAGUGCCUGGGUGUGACAUCGUCAUGAAUGAGAGAAGAAAGUAAUACAGUAUUGGAUGUGCCUGUUUGCUGCCACUGUUUAGAGAGAAAAUGAUGCAUUAUGGGGAAUCACUCAAAAGGAGUGAAUGAGAUGAGCUAUCUGGGUUAUAGUAUCUGAAGGGCUAAGUUAUUCUCUUGGAGAGCCAUUCUAAAUGAGCCUGACCGAGACACUGGAUCUGUGUGAAGAAGACUAAGGAUAUAAUAGGAUGUCAACUGAGACAGAACUUCCAGUGGCUGUUAAAACCAGCGCAAAGAAAGACUCCAAAAAGAAAGGUCAGGAUCGCAGUGAAGCCACUUUAAUAAAGAGGUUUAAAGGUGAUGGUGUCCGAUACAAAGCAAAACUGAUUGGGAUAGAUGAGGUUUCUGCAGCGCGAGGAGAUAAGUUAUGCCAAGAUUCCAUGAUGAAACUCAAGGGAAUUGUUGCUGCGACUCGUUCGAAAGGAGAACAUAAACAGAAAAUAUUUUUAACUGUCUCCUUUGGAGGAAUCAAAAUCUUUGAUGAAAAGACAGGACUACUACAGCACCAUCAUGCAGUUCAUGAAAUUUCGUACAUUGCAAAGGAUAUCACAGACCACCGAGCCUUUGGAUAUGUGUGUGGAAAGGAAGGAAAUCAUAGAUUUGUGGCAAUAAAAACAGCCCAGGCAGCUGAGCCUGUAAUUCUGGACUUGCGAGACCUGUUUCAGCUCAUUUAUGAAUUGAAACAAAGGGAAGAAAUGGAAAAAAAGGCACAAAAGGACAAGCAGUGUGAACAAGCAGUAUACCAGACAAUUUUGGAAGAAGAUGUAGAAGAUCCUGUGUACCAGUACAUUGUGUUUGAGGCUGGACAUGAGCCAAUCCGUGAGCCUGAAACAGAAGAAAACAUAUAUCAGGUUCCGACGAGCCAAAAGAAGGAAGGUGUUUAUGAUGUGCCAAAAAGUCAACCUGUAAGUCUGCAGAAUGGAAACUUAUUGCUGGACAUUGAUGAAAAUCUUGUUACAGUCACUCAGGCUGUUACCCAACUAGAGCUUUUUGGGGACAUGUCCACUCCUCCUGAUGUAACCUCUCCCCCAACUCCUGCAACUCCAGGUGAUGCCUUUAUCCCAUCUUCAUGCCAGUCACUUCCUGCUAUUACAGACACAUUUGGUUCUGUACCUUUUAGCACUGCUGCUGUACCCUCAGGUUAUGUUGCAAUGGGAGCUGUCCUGCCCUCCUUCUGGGGACAGCAACCACUCGUUCAACAACAAUUGGCCAUGAGUACUCAGCCUCCAGUUGCUCAGGUGAUGCAGGGAGGACAGCCAAUAGCAUGGGGCCAACCUGGUAUUUUUUCUCCUACCCAGCAACCAUGGCCAUCUGUAGCUGGUCAGUUCCAACCAACUGCCUUCAUGCCAACACAAACUGUUAUGCCUUUACAAGCAGCCAUGUUUCAAGGUACCAUUGCUCCCAUAGCUACUGUUCCACCCACAAGCGAUUCCACCAGAUCAAGUCCACAGACAGACAGGCCCAGACAGAAAAUGGGAAAAGAUAUGUUCAAAGAUUUCCAGAUGGCUCAGCCUCCGCCAGUGCCAUCACGAAAACCAGACCAGCCUUCCCUCAGUUGUACCUCAGAGGCCUUCUCCAGCUAUUUUAACAAAGUCGGGAUGGCACAGGAUGCAGAUGAUUGUGAUGACUUUGACAUCUCUCAAUUAAAUUUGACUCCUGUGACUUCUACAACGCCAUCUACAAAUUCACCUCCAACCCCUGCUCCCAGACAGAGUUCUCCAUCAAAAUCAUCAGUCUCUCAUACCAGUGACCCUACUGCAGAUGACCUCUUUGAAGAGGGGUUUGAAAGCCCAAGCAAAAGUGAAGAGCAGGAGGCUCCUGAUGGAUCUCAGGCCUCUUCCAACAGUGAUCCAUUUGGUGAGCCUACUGGUGAUACUAUAAGUCCACAGGUCGGUAGCUAGAUAGCGCAGGUUGGGGAAACAGAACCUCUCUACGCCCAGAUCAACAGACCUAAGAAAUAGCAUUAUUACAGGCUUGUGGUGCUUCAAGACUCCAGUGAAAAUCUACAACCUGACAGGCCUUUUGGCUCUUAUGCUUGUUUUUGAUUGAUCACGUCUGACAAAGGAUAGAGGAUUGCCCUACCAAACGUACCUGACAGUUUUUGGCAAUGAAUGGCAAAUUUCUAUGGCAGCACAAACAUAAAAACGAGCCCUGCUUACCAUGCCAAGCAUCUGAGUUCUGAGCACCCACAGUACGAAAUCUUACUCCUUGUUCUUCGUUUAAACUCUUCUUUGCAUCCCACCUGAACAAUGGGCAUUUGAAAUUGAAUAAGUAUUAGCCAUUGUUUUUCUUUUAAACAAAAAAAAAAGCAGAAUCCAUAUGUAGCAGUGGCAUCGUCAUUCAACAGCCUUUCAGGCACAAGUCUGCACUUUUUAUGUCACGGUGACAUGUUUCUCAUUGUCAUGUAUAUCAGGCUACUCUUGACAUUAUAUUCCCCUCCCUCACCUCACCUCACCUCCGUCUUGGCAUAUUUAAAAAAAAAAAAAAGACAGGCUGUGUUAUUUUUUUGUAUUUCUUAUUCUGUUGUUUUGUAUGGGUAACAGAAAUUAACAGCAAAAUGCCUCCUAUGGAAAUGAUUCUUAACUUGAAACCGCAGAAUAAAACUGUGUUGAUUAUCCAUCCUGGUUGAAAAACAUUGCCAAAUGGACCUUUAAGUUAUAGCGCAUCAUGAGGAAGAAUUGCUGCUUUUCUGUUUGAAUACUCAUUCUGUGGGUGGAAAAAGGACAUCAAAUCCCAUUGAUGAAAGAGGUGAAAAAUAUGUUAUUUCCUAGGAAACUCAUAAAACAAAGUACAGUAAAGGAAUAUUUUUUAUUUCUUCGCUAUCUUGCUGCUGUAAUGCUAUGCAGACAAGUGUUUUCUUCUCUGUGUGCCAUUUUUGAAGAAAAAAAAAUCAUUUGCCAAAUAAUUCUGGUAUAAUUCUGGUUUAUGGAUUUUAGACGAAACAGACUUUAUAAAUGGGACAAUGAUGGCAUGAAUUUUGGAAUAACAAACUGAUUCUGUGAUCAAAUUGUUCAUCUUUAUCACUUUUUGUACAUCAGAAAAUUCAAAUGGGAUUUUUAUUUUAUAACUUGAAAAAAAUCUUACCAUUAAACUCUUUAAAUGUUUAAGGGGAAAUGGCUUUAAGGAGUUCAAAUGAAAAUUGCCAGUUUUUUGUAAAUAUAAAUGUUAUGAAAAUUCUUUUAAUAAUGCCAUUACACUGUAGAGAAGGUAGCAAAUUGCAGUGCUUGGGAGGCGUGGCAAACCCAAUUUGUGGUUCUUGCAUCACAUAUGUUUUUUCACAUGCUUAUUAUAAUAGGCAGAGGCUGAAGAGCACCUGCCAACAGCAAUUAGCUUGUCAGCAACUAGUAAAAUUGCUGGGAACACAAGAUUUUAUGAUCUAGCUUUUUCCACACAAGUAUACAUUCUCCACAUUAAAAACAACAACCCACAUUUCAUAGACGUUUCUUUGAUUCCGAAAUCUCUAAAUGGAAGUCAUCAGACUGUUUACACACAGAACAGAAGAAUUUAAAAACUCCUUUUUUUACAUUUAUGAAACAAAAGUGCAGUGUUUGGGUUCAUAUGUUAGCACAUGAUUUUCAUAAAGAAUCUAUAUAUUUUUGCCCUACAGAGAAUUGUUAUACAGGUCAAAUGUGUUUUCCUGAUGUUCCUAUGCAGUUACAGUAUAUUGAAUUUAGUGGUUUAACACUAAAAAAAAAAUAUUAAAGAAAUCAAACGAUUAAUCUGUUUUUAGGGUUAUUGUGCAGAUUUUGUUUUUAACUUGAAACAUUAGGAUUUAUAUUUCUGUCAUUGAUUUAAA